UUAUCAAGCUUCAUUAAAGCGCGUGCUUGGUCGGGUUUCUGUUCCAUUUUGCAGCAGUUAUCUGAAACCUGCAGUUAUUAUUUUUGUAUCUUGUUACAGGUAACGAUCCUAAGACAUGUCGAAUUAUCACAAACCCGACGAGAAAACUCUUCAGGGUCUGAAGAAUAUUGCUAACAGGCUAAGAAUUCACUCCAUCAGGGCGACAUGCGCUUCAAAUUCAGGACACCCCACAUCAUGCUGCAGCGCUGCCGAGAUCAUGUCUGUGCUGUUCUUCCACACCAUGCGCUACAAAGCUGACGACCCCCGCAAUGCCUGUAAUGACCGCUUCGUCAUGUCUAAGGGUCAUGCUGCACCCAUUCUCUAUGCAGCAUGGGUAGAGGCUGGCUAUGUGAAGGAGGAUAAGUUGCUUAACUUGCGCAAGCUUGACUGUGACCUUGAGGGCCAUCCUACCCCUAAAUUGGCCUUUGUGGAUGUGGCAACAGGCUCCCUGGGUCAGGGUCUUGGAGCUGCAUGUGGGAUGGCUUACACAGCAAAGUACUUUGACAAAUCCAGCUACCGUGUAUACUGUCUCCUGGGAGAUGGUGAGUGCUCUGAGGGUGCAGUGUGGGAGGCCAUGGCUUUCGCUUCCCACUAUGGCUUGGACAACCUGGUAGCCAUUCUAGAUGUGAACCGCCUGGGGCAGAGCGAGGCUACACCUCUGAAGCAUGACUUGGCUACCUACCAUGACCGCUGCAAGGCUUUUGGCUGGAACACGUGUGUGGUCGAUGGCCAUGAUGUGGAAGAGCUGUGUAAGGAACUGUGGCAUGCAGAGCGUUUCAAAGGGAAGCCCACUGCCAUUGUGGCCAAAACCUUCAAGGGCAAAGGGCUGAAAGGCAUUGAGGACUGUGAUAAUUGGCAUGGUAAGCCUAUCCCUAAGGACCGUGUGGAUGAGCUGAUUGCUCAUAUCGAGAACCAGAUCCAGGUUGCCAGUAAACCCCUCCAAGCUGCACUGCCUAAUGAGGAUGCAGCUCCUGUAGAUCCAAGUCCUAUCUACCUACUGUCUCCUCCAGGAUACAAGGCUGGAGACAAGAUCUCUACCAGGAAAGCCUAUGGUGUUGCCCUAGCAAAGAUGGGAGAUGCCAGCCAGCGUAUUGUGGCUCUGGAUGGAGAUACCAAAAAUUCUACCUUCUCUGAGACCUUCAAGAAAGCCCAUCCUGAUCGCUACAUAGAGUGCUUCAUUGCUGAGCAGAAUAUGGUAAGUGUGGCAAUCGGUUGUGCCACUCGUGAUCGCACAGUUUCAUUUGUCAGCACGUUCGCUGCUUUCCUAUCACGUGCCUAUGACCAGAUCCGCAUGGCAGCAAUUUCUCAGUCUAAUGUCAACUUGGUGGGCUCCCACUGUGGCGUCUCUAUUGGUGAGGAUGGCCCCUCUCAGAUGGCUUUGGAGGAUCUUGCAAUGUUCCGUGCUAUCCCAACAUGCACGUUGUUUUAUCCUAGUGAUGGAGUAUCCACUGAGAGGGCAGUAGAGUUGGCAGCAAAUACAAAGGGUAUCUGUUUCAUAAGGACCAGCCGACCAGACACAGCAGUUCUAUAUGAACCAGAUGAGAAAUUUGAAAUUGGCAAAGCUAAGGUGCUGCGCCAGUCUAACAGUGAUAAAGUGACUGUGAUUGGAGCUGGAGUUACAUUGCAUGAGGCCCUUGCUGCAUAUGACACUCUGGCUAAUGAAGGCGUGAACAUCCGUGUAAUUGAUCCAUUCACUAUCAAGCCCCUGGAUGCUGCUACAAUUGUGGCCAGUGCUCGUGCCACUCAAGGCAAAGUAAUCACAGUGGAGGAUCAUUACAAAGAGGGUGGUCUGGGCGAGGCCGUCUUGGCAGCAGUGGGAGAGGAACCAGGCAUCGUUGUCCAUCGACUGGCUGUGAGCCGAGUGCCCCAGAGCGGUAAACCCCAGGAGCUGCUGGACAUGUUUGGCAUCAGUGCGAAGUCUAUUGUGGCUGCAGUCAAAUGUACUUUUGCUAACUGAAUCCUUCUAAUCCCACCCAGUCUUUCCUUCCUCUUGACCUACUGCUACUACAAUUGGCUUGGCUUAAAUGCUUUUGGCCUGUAAUAAGUUAUUUCCCUAAUGAGAGCACUGCAAUUAAUAAAAUUUUUAUAAAGACACCCCCCCCCCCCCCCAAAUUUCUUUAAAUGUGGCAGCUUUGCAAAGGUUUUGAGUAACAUCUCUGGUGUUCAGGUCAAAUUGCACAUUCCUCUGGACAGAGGGAAGACUGACCAGGGUUAGUCCUGUAUUAAGCAUUUCAUUUGCUAAAUCAUGGUGCUGUGCUUAUGACGCAUCAUUUCUCUUAACUUUGCCAUUCCAGUUCCUACAUUCCUCUUGAAUCUUCUCCUGCUACCACACACACCAGUAUGAAUGUUACCUUCAGUAUAAAAUUUCAGUUGUCUUCGAUGGUUAAUUUAUGGUUGCAGUUGACAUUCCUAACUCGCAGUGCUUGAGUUAAUACACAACAGUAUACAUUUAAAGAGGCACUUGUAUUGUCUGUCAUGGUGUCUCCAUGAUUAAUCUACUGUGUCUGCUGUUUCAUUUGCAGUUGAUCUUUCAUUUCAUGUUAAAUGCCCAGAUCGUUACGGUUGUGUGAAUUAUCUGGUUCAGUCUGCCUGAUAAACAGUAAUAAAAUUAACUGUUCACCUA